AUGUGCCAACUUGCUGAAGUAUUAAUGAUCAAGAAAGAUUAUAUUACCCUUCGACAAGAGAUUAAAUUAAGAAAUAGGUUAUUAGAAAUAUUUAUUGAAUGGACAGUGGGUUGUUCUAUGAAAACUGAUGGGAAAAGUAACAAUGAUAUUGCAUUGAGUAAGAAUGAGCGAAUGCAUUAUGAUUUAGAUCGGGCUUGUUUAAAAGCAAUUGUUUCUAUUUUGGCACAAUUACCCUUGCAACCAUCAGAGACAAUACAUGAAGCAGAUCUUAGCAUUGUUAAAUCACAUUUAUUUUAUAAAUAUUUCACGUUUUUCAUAAAAUUGUUAAAUCGAUGUCGUAUUUUAGAAGCCAUUGAUAGCGGAACACAAUCCACAAAAAACAACCAUGAUUUACAAUUGCUUUUGUCAAGGUCUAAAGAAUUUGUCAAAGAUCUAGGUCCAUUGAAAGAUUACGCUAUUUUAGCUUUAAGUAAUUUACUUAGUGCUAAUGUGGAUUCAGGAUUAAAGCAUUCUCUUUCAAUGGGUUACCAUGAAGAUACCAAGACAAAAACUGCUUUUAUGCAAGUACUUACAAACAUAUUAAAUCAGGGCACUGAAUUUGAGGGACUUGCAGAAAAUGCAAUGAAUGAUAGAUUUGAUAAACUUGUGGAGGCCAUUGAUAGCGGAACACAAUCUGCAAAAAAUAAUCCUGAUUUACAAUUGCUUUUGUCAAGGUCUAAAGAAUAUGUCAAAGAUCUAGGUCCAUUGAAAGAUUACACUAUUUUGGCAUUAAGUAAUUUGCUUAGUGCUAAUGUGGAUUCAGGGCUAAAGCAUUCUCUUUCGAUGGGUUACCAUGAAGAUACUAAGACAAAAACUGCUUUUAUGCAAGUACUUACAAACAUAUUAAACCAGGGCACCGAAUUUGAAGGACUUGCUGAAAAUGCAAUGGAUGAUAGAUUUGAUAAGCUUGUGGAGCUAAUAACUGAUUCUGAUUUGAGUAUUGCGCUUUCACUUUGUGAAGUCUGUCCUGUGUCUGAUAUUGAUGAAGUCUCCCAAGUACUUUUUGCUGUUUUUGAUUCACGUCAUAAAACCAUGUCUUUGCUAAAAGCUAUUAUUGAAAAAGAGGUAACAAAUACAGAAUCUGAGUCAAAUUUGUUCCGUCGCAAUUGUAUGGCCACUCGUGUGUUGGCAGCCUUCUGCAAAACUUAUGGAGCUGAAUACUUACAUAACACGUUACAGCCACUUUUGGCAAAUUUGUUAAACCAACAAAAAGAUUUCAGUUGUGAACUUAAUCCUGCAAAUUUAGGACCUGACGAAGACAUUUCAAAAAAUUUACAGAAUUUGAUAAAUACUACUAAAUCAUUUUUAGAUGGUAUAUGUGCAUCAGGACGUAAUAUGCCAAUAUUAUUUCGAGAGGUUUGUCACUGUAUUGGAAAAUCUGUAGAAGAAAAAUAUCCACAGGCAAAAUAUACAACUAUUGCAAUUUUAGAUAAUGCAGAAAACGAGUCUGAAAAAUUGUUCCUUUAUGGAUUUUUGGCCGAAACUGCUAAAGCACUACCUGAUGUUUUUUCAUUGGUAUAUGACAAUUUGCGUCCCAAAUUGGCACAUAUGAUAAAUAAUUGUGAGACGAUAUCGAUUCUUGAUUCAGUCCAAUCCAUUCUUUACACAAUUGUAUCAUCGGAAACUGAACUCCAGUUAAAGGGUAGUAAAAAAAAAAUGCCAUCGUAUCUUGAAGAGCUUGGAUUUUCUAAUUUGAUGGAAUGUGGGUAUCCUGCAGCACUGUUACCGGUAUCGGCCAAGAAAAAGGAGAUGAAAGAAUUGUUAUGGCUUUGUGGAAUUGGUGAUAACGAGAUUGAUAAUUCCGAAUUAACAACCACCUAUUUUAAAAUCUAUGAUAAAUUGGACAUUCCAAAUAACGAGGCUGCUUUCCUAUUAAUUUCAUUGAUGAUAGCAAUUUUAAAUAUCGAAAAAAAAGCACACAAAACAUAUGACAGUUUGCUUCCAAAGAUGACACAUAUAAUAAACAAUUGUGAGACGAUACCGAUUCUUGAUUCAGUUCAAUCCAUUCUUUACACAAUUGUAUCAUCGGAAACUAAAUUUUCGUCAAAGGGUAAUAAAAAACAAAUGUCAUCGUAUCUUGAUAAUCUUGGAUUUUCAAAUUUGAUGGAAUGCG